CUGCCCGGUAGUCGGAGCGGAGGAGGCGGAUCGACAGCGAGAGCGAGCCGCUGACGGACACCGAAAUAUCUCCACCAGCGGCACGACGAAACGCACUCGUUUCUCCUACUGAGCCACAUUCAGACUGGACCAUGUAACUGUUGUCAGAGGCUGCUGCCCUAUGAUGAUCGAGGAACUCUCCACACUCCUCUAGAAUGUAUUUGAUGAAUGUACCUCCUAUCGCAGCGACGGAAACAGAAUGGAGACGAUGUGGAACACCUGGAGGCUAUAGCCUUCCAGUUUGCUUCAAUGACUCUGACACAGACUUGUCCACCAGAGGCACACCAAUCUCAAAUAAGGUCCAGAUGAUCAUAGAGAGCCUCAGGAGUAGCCAGUCCUCACUCGAGAUGGGCGAUGAGAUCGAGGCAAACAUGCUAUCAGGACAGGAGCGCCAUACACAAGUGUGCAAGACUGCAGUGGGUAACUAUGUGGGAGCCAAGUUGAAAACAAAAAGGCCCACUGAAAACCCACACGUUUGUUUUUCUUCCACGACAAAACAUGAUAGCAGUGACUCUGACAGUGACGAUUCAGUAGACAGAGGAAUUGAGGAGGCAAUAAUGGAGUACCUGAAAGAAAAGGAUGGUCACAAACGUAAGGCUGGUACAUCUUCCACUACCCAUCAGUCGUCUAAAAUUCCGAGAAAAAAUCCACCGCCCUUUGAGUUUGCCACGCAAAACUCUGAAGGCAACUCGUCCUUCAUAUCCAGUAGAAAGUUCCCAGUCAGUAUGAAAUCAGAGACUCCAGCAGCUGCUAUACCUUUAAAAAAGUAUAUCAAGAACAAGGCUUCGCAGGAUGAAAAUAUUGGGGUGGAUAAAAGCUCAGCCAAUAGCUUACUCAGUUCCGAAGAACAAUGGAGGAGUCCUUCUGAAACAAUCAGGUUCUUCAACAGUACUCCAACGUACCCAGUAAUGCCAAAGAUAGAGGAAGACCUGAGUGAUUCCAGUAGUGAUGAUGGCAUCGAGGAAGCCAUUCAAAGAUACCAGUUAGAGAAAAAUGAGCAGAGCAAAAGGGAAGCCUUUAAUACACAAACAUUCCAAGAAGAUUCUGACUCCACCAGCGAUGAUGGGAUUGAAGAAGCUAUCCGGAGCUACCAACUUGAGCAACAGAAAGAGAAUAGCCCCCAGAAGCAACUUUUCUACAAGCCGAAAGCCCCUAUCAAGUUAGCGGUACAUGCCACUGGUAGUAUAAACUCUGAUGACAUGAAGAAAAACAAACUCAAGAGAAAAAAAGUUAAACCAGGGAAACCGACUCAAACUCCAUUUAUUGCCAAACCCAAGACUUCACUGUCAUUCAACCCCAAGGUCAAGGGAAAUGGACUACCUUCUUUGAAAGUAGAGGCUGAAAAGCAGUCUGCUCCUGCUCCUUCCAAAGUUAACACCACAGCAGAACUGAUGUGUGCUGAAGCAAUACUGGACAUUUCCAAAACCGUAAUGCCUGGAGCCUUCCAUCAGGGCAUUGCCCUCAGCACGUGUGCUCCGGCUCAACCUUCCACAAUGUCCUCUCUUCCUGACAAACACCGAUACGAAGAAAGCAACGACAGUUCCAUUGACAGUGAGGAUGGGAUUGAGCAAGAAAUCAGGAAAUUUCUUGAGCAAAAAGCCCAAAUGCACAAACAGCCACCCAUUGUGGAAGAGCCUCUUGGUGGUGUUGAUCCAGAGAAGGAAAAAGGGAAAGAUACUGCUAUUCAACUGAAAUCACAAAGGCUGUCUUUGACGCAGAAAAGAAAACAGAAGGAGAAAAGCAUGACUGUGGCGAACAUAUUGGGAGCUGAUGACAAAUGUAACGAAACUACUGAGCAUGCACGAGAAUCUAACGCCUUGACACUUCCGCAGAGAAGUCAGCCCCAACCAAGCACAGCAGUACACCAGGUAGACCAAAGCGGAGACAAAAGCAGUUCACUUGACAGUGACGAGGACCUCGACACUGCGAUCAAAGACCUGCUAAAGACAAAAAAGAAAUCGAAGAAAAAGAUCAAAGAGAUGAAAAAGAAACACAGGAAGUGCAUCAAAGAUGAAGAACCACUGAUGGGGAAAGCUUUACCCAACAGAAAGUUCAAACACGAGGCUGGCUCCAAGAGCAGUGCUUUGAAAAAAGUACACGGGGCCGACGAUGAUGCAAAAGACAAAUGUGGAUUCAGUAAAAAUAAUGUCUCGCAACAAAAGCAAAUGGAUAAAUGUAAGGAAGAAGAAGAAGACAUUGUGGGAGGGGAAAGACUAGAUGCUAAGUCACUGCAAACUGUUGGAACCCUUUAUCAAACGGAUGAUGAGAGCAGCUCAGUAGACAGCGAUGACAGCAUUGAGCAAGAGAUAAGAAGGUUUCUGGCUGAGAAGGCCAAAGUUUCCACAGGAGACACAGAUAAAGAUGGAGCUUUGUGUAUAAACGGAUCCCCUGUGGUUCAAGAUUCAGAGAUUCAAUUUCCACUUAAAGACUUCAAAUCGGAGACUCAGCUGGCUGAGAUUUCUCCAAAACACAUCAGCGCAUCUCAAGUAGGGACCCAACAGAGGUUCUAUACUGAAAGCUCGUCUGCCAGCCCACAGUCAUGUGCCUCUUCGGUCCAGUCCUGCAGUCCCAGUCUUCUGGAGCCGGCCGAUGGCGCAGGAGCGACAAAAACCCAGCAAAGGAGGCCCAACACUACCAGAGAUGGCCUAAUCAAUGGCAGCCAACAGGCGGAAAGAGGUCGACCAGCUUCAAGUCCCGACUAUGCUCGUUCCCUUGCAGAGUCAAUUAAGUGGCGCCAGAGCCUGGGGCUUCCAAUUCCCGACCCCAGGGCUCUAAGCCGGACCACUUUCCACAUCACCUCUUCGGAGAGACGAGACACUUCAUCAGAAAAUAGGGACCUAAAAUCACAGACUCCGGCUGCCGUCUGGUGUUCUUCAAGGAGCAGCAGAGCGCCGUUUUCUGCCUCUACAGAGACAGGUGCAAAUGUCACAGCUAGACCCCCUGUUUUGAAAUUUUUCUCUGCUGCUAGGCAGCAUUCAAAGAUGACCUUUACACAGAGCCUUACGCCUGGCAACAGGUCCCAGUUCUCUAUGGAAGAAGGGCGGGCGAGUACGGUGCAUGUGCCUAAGGACAAGAGUGUGUUUGUAGAGCUGGAAACUAACAGGACCAACCAUGUCCAGGUUCAAAGCAGGGAAAGGAGUGAGGGAAAGGAAAAGGCAGACUUGCUGAGAGAGCGAAAAAGAGAAGGAAAGAGCCCGAAGAUUGGUGAUGAAGGAGCUGAUCAAGACAGAAAGGAUGAAGAGUUUAUAGAUGAGUCAGAUUGUGAAUCAGACAGCAGGAGAGAUCCAGAUAAGAUGCAGGGCUUUCCAGCGUUGUCUCUGUCCAGAGAAAUAGAUCCUGGCCUCUCUAUAAGUCCAUGCAUAGCUCUAACAUCAGAGGAAAGAAGCAAGGUGUCCAACUGGAAGUUUCUGGUUAGGAAAUGCAUGAAGGAGAAUUGGCAUCCCACUUGUUCUUCUGAGCAUACAGCAACCCUGCAGCAUGUCAAACGAAAGCUUCGGUUCGUUCCAGUGAGUUUACCAGCAGCAGUUUCUCCAGUGAAGAUCAGAGUCUAUGAAAAUGCCCCAAAAUGUCUUUCCUGUUUUUUCUUUGCAGGAGAAAGGAGGCAGGCGACUUGAUUUGACAGGAUAACGUUUGGUUUUCCCUGUUGUAUGUUGUGUUUGAAGUUAGCAGGUCUUGAUUGUUAAACCUAUUUUAAGUUUCCAUGUGGCUAACGGAGGUUCACUGGCAAUCUUAUGCAUAAGUUCAAGUUUUUCUUUCAUGUAGGAAAAAAAGACUGCUUUUUUUCAAGUUUUUAAAGUGAGUUAAGGUUCAGUUAAUAGCAAAUGGUGUCCUGUUUUGGUUUUGUGCCUGUUAAAGAGUUUUUUGUUCUAUGUCUGGUAUACCUGUACAUGCAUUUUAUUUAAUAUUUGUAAUAUUUAAUUUUAGUCACUUCUCUUUAACUUUAUCUUGACAUUCUUAUUUUUGCUAUUUG